AUGCUUCCAAGAUUUUUUGCUUCACGAUUUAUAUCUAUACGAGAACCAUUUGUACUUAUUACACAUAAUAGUGAUGGUUCUGCACCAGGAAGAUAUAUCAGAUAUUUAUCAAAUCCAAAAAUACUUCACUGGUAUGCAUCCAAUCUUAAUCAAAAAAAUCUUCAAAAAAUAUUUCCUAUUCCAAUUGGAUUAGCUAAUACACGAUGGGGACAUGGGGACUUAGAUAAAAUAUCAUUUGCUCUUAAAAACCAUCGAAAACCUUGGUCUCAACGAACAACUUUUCUUUAUGUUAAUUUUGCGAUUGAUACAAACAUCGAUCAACGAACAAAAGCUAUAUCACAAGCAUCAACAAUAAAAAAUGUACAAAUAGUUAAAGAGAGAAUUUCACCAGAAACUUAUUUAGAGCAGAUAGGUAACGCUAAAUUUGUUUUAUCACCACCUGGCACUGGAAUUGAUUGUCAUCGAACAUGGGAAGCUUUAUUGAUGGGUGCAGUACCUAUUGUUCUGACAUCUGGACUUGAUCCUUUAUUUACAAAAACAAGAUCUAUUAUUAUUGAUGAUUGGUCAAAAUUAUCGUACAAUUUUUUAUCAUCAUUCAAUUCUUCGUUAGAUGAUGACUAUGUACCUGAUAUUUUAUAUGCUGAUUAUUGGCAUCAGACAUUUUUUAAGCAUCGAAAGAAAGUUACUUAA